CGUAAAGAAAAGAAUAUUUUUUUUGUCGCCAGAUUACCAGGUCUUCGUUUGGGUUCUGAAAACACCAAAUAAGAUAAGAAACUUUGUUUGAAUAAAUAUAAUUUCGUAUAUUUUAUUUCGCCAUUCCGAUAGUUUCCAUCGGCAAGUAGAGGAUCUUGUUAUUUUGUUUGGAAAUUGUGAAUUCUGUGUUAGGGUUUGAGUCAAUGAAAGGGGUUGAAAUGCAGCAGCAGCAGCUAGAAUUAGGGAGGAGCGGUGAGAGUCACAGUGAUUCUGAUCCUCUGCUACAGAAUCAGGCUGAUGCAAGUUCCACUCAAGAAAUCACCGUCAACAAUGAUGAUAUUGAAAACGUUUCUGUUCCUUGUUGCCGUAUUUGUCUCGAAACCGACUGCGAACCAGGUGAUGAAUUGAUAUCUCCAUGCAUGUGCAAAGGAACCCAGCAGUUUGUUCAUCGUUCAUGCCUUGAUCAUUGGCGCUCGGUUAAGGAAGGAUUUGCUUUCUCUCAUUGCACAACUUGUAAAGCUCAAUUUCAUCUUCGAGUUGCUUUGUUGGAGGACAACUCCUGGCGCAAAAUGAAAUUCAGACUUUUUGUUACAAGGGAUAUUGUCUUUGUAUUCUUUGCUGUACAAAUUGUCAUUGCUGCAAUGGGUGGUUUUGCAUACCUUAUGGACAAAGAUGGGACGUUUAGGAAUUCGUUUAGUGAUGGAUGGGAUCGUAUACUGUCCAAGCAUCCUAUACCAUUUUAUUAUUGCAUAGGAGUACUGGCCUUCUUUGUGUUUCUUGGGUUUUUUGGCCUCAUAUUACAUUGUUCCUCCCUCAAUAGUAAUGAUCCAAGGAUGGCUGGCUGCCAGAACUGCUGUUAUGGAUGGGGAAUUCUAGAUUGUUUCCCUGCUUCCAUGGAGGCAUGCUUUGCACUGGUUAUGGUUUUUGUCAUCCUCUUUGCCAUUCUGGGAAUCGCUUAUGGCUUCCUUGCUGCCACAAUGGCCAUUCAAAAAAUUUGGCAGAGGCAUUACCACAUCCUCAUUAAGAGGGAGCUUACAAAGUUCUGUAUAUGUGGGUUCUGUGUGCUCGAACAAAUGGCUGUGGUGGGGGGUUGUCAUCUUGAAGAAGUUGUUACUUAAUUCAGUGAACAGGCAUGAUCUGGAUCCGCUAUGGUUAUCCGUCCGAUGAGUGGAAAGUAAUUAGAAAGAGAUUUAUUAAGAGUCAUAGUAUCGCAAGUUGGGAUUCGCCGUAAACAACUACCCCAACGUUUAAGAAUUUUUACCCAAGUCAGGACUGAACAUUGAAGGAUUUUUGACAGAGUUGAAGAGGACAAAUUAUGGGACAAAAGCAGAACAGAGCUGCCGGGCGGGCCGGAACUUUGAAAUCGGCAAAUCUGACGUGGUUGACGGAACCCAUUUUGAAUUGGUUACCAGCACUGUCUGUUCCUACGACUAGAAUUUAUACACAGCACAACAGCCAUGUUUGUGACUACACGGAAAUGCAAUGGUGUGUCCAUGUGCAGUUCUAUGGCGUAGUAGUCGUGAAUUAGACAAUACACGUCUGCCAUUGGUUGAUAUAAAACCGUUCGAAUUUUAUUUAUAUAAGUAAUUCCAAUCUUGUACAUAUGUUACAUAUAUUGAUAUCAGUCAAAGAUGUUUAUUUGUUUAUUAAAUCAUAAUACAAGCUAGAUUCAUUUUUUUUUA